CUCUGUUUGUGCUGAUAUUGACAUUUUCUCUCUAAAGAAGAUAAUCAGGAUCUGGUUUCUCAGCAAAAUCUUUUGUUUUCUUUCCCAAUCUGCCACUAUCUAUUCAGGAAAAGAGAGGAAAUCCUUUUAUUCUCCUUUGCUUGCACUUCUAGUGUUUCCUGCUGCUCUUCUAAAGAGUUUCACUUGGGCGAAAGCCCUGCAGUUAUUCUGUUUCAUCCUUUGCUUUUUGCAGGAGAACAGACAGUUUGGAUCCAAGAUGACAGACUCCAAGUACUUCACUACUACCAAGAAAGGGGAGAUUUUUGAGCUCAAGGCGGAGCUGAACAGUGACAAAAAAGAGAAGAAGAAGGAGGCUGUCAAAAAGGUCAUUGCAUCAAUGACAGUGGGGAAGGAUGUCAGUGCUCUGUUUCCAGAUGUGGUGAACUGCAUGCAGACCGACAACCUGGAGCUGAAAAAGCUGGUCUACCUCUAUCUUAUGAACUAUGCCAAAAGUCAACCAGACAUGGCUAUCAUGGCUGUUAACACCUUUGUGAAGGACUGUGAAGACCCCAACCCUCUCAUCCGAGCCCUCGCCGUUCGAACCAUGGGCUGUAUUCGUGUGGACAAGAUCACCGAGUACCUCUGUGAGCCUCUGAGAAAAUGUCUGAAGGACGAAGACCCCUAUGUGAGGAAGACGGCUGCAGUGUGUGUUGCAAAGCUGCACGAUAUCAACGCCCAGUUAGUGGAGGACCAGGGCUUCUUGGACACUCUCAAGGAUCUGAUUUCGGACUCCAAUCCCAUGGUCGUCGCAAAUGCCGUGGCGGCUCUGUCUGAAAUUGCAGAGUCACAUCCCAACAGCAAUCUUCUGGACCUGAACCCUCAGACCAUAAACAAGUUGCUGACAGCUCUUAAUGAAUGCACAGAGUGGGGCCAGAUAUUUAUUCUUGACUGUCUAGCCAAUUACACACCUCGGGAUGAUCGAGAGUCCCAAAGCAUCUGUGAGCGAGUCACCCCGAGGCUCUCGCAUGCCAACUCGGCGGUGGUGUUGUCAGCAGUUAAAGUUUUAAUGAAGUUCAUGGAAAUGCUCCCUAAAGACCUGGACUAUUAUGGCACUCUGCUGAAGAAGCUCGCCCCCCCUCUGGUCACGCUGCUCUCUGCUGAGCCUGAGCUGCAAUAUGUUGCACUCAGAAACAUCAACCUCAUUGUGCAGAGAAGACCGGAAAUCCUGAAACAUGAAAUGAAGGUUUUCUUUGUCAAGUACAAUGACCCAAUCUAUGUCAAACUGGAGAAGCUGGACAUAAUGAUUCGCCUUGCAUCUCAGGCCAACAUUGCCCAGGUGCUGGCUGAGCUAAAGGAGUACGCAACUGAGGUGGAUGUGGACUUUGUGCGUAAAGCGGUCAGGGCCAUUGGCCGCUGUGCCAUCAAAGUGGAGCAAUCAGCAGAGCGCUGCGUCAGCACACUGCUGGAUCUCAUACAGACCAAGGUCAAUUAUGUGGUGCAGGAGGCCAUAGUUGUCAUCAAGGACAUCUUCCGCAAAUACCCCAACAAGUAUGAGAGCGUGAUUGCCACUCUGUGUGAGAACCUUGAUUCCUUGGAUGAGCCGGAGGCGCGUGCUGCCAUGAUCUGGAUUGUGGGAGAGUACGCUGAGCGCAUCGACAACGCUGAUGAGCUGCUCGAAAGCUUUUUGGAGGGCUUCCAUGAUGAAAGCACUCAGGUGCAGCUACAACUACUGACUGCAAUAGUCAAGCUGUUCCUGAAGAAACCCACAGAGACCCAGGAGCUGGUGCAGCAGGUCCUCAGCCUGGCCACACAGGACUCUGAUAACCCAGACCUCAGGGACAGAGGCUACAUCUAUUGGCGUCUGCUCUCCACGGACCCUGUGGCUGCCAAGGAAGUGGUUCUGGCUGAGAAGCCUCUGAUCUCCGAGGAGACGGAUCUGAUUGAGCCGACCUUGCUGGAGGAGCUAAUCUGCCACAUUGGGACUCUGGCUUCUGUCUACCACAAGCCUCCCAGUGCCUUUGUGGAGGGCAGCCGUGGGGUUCAGCACAAGAGACUCCCAGGCAGUGCUGGAUCUGGAGAGAGCGUUGAGAGCCCAGACACGGGCUCUGCAGCUGGAGUUUCUGACGCACCGCCUGCGGUCAUACCGUCCCAGGGUGACCUCCUGGGCGACCUCCUCAAUCUUGAUCUGACACCCCCUGCCACCACUGGACCCCCACCCCCAGCCACUUCUGGCAUGCAGCUGGGCGCCAUGGAUCUCCUUGGAGGGGGACUGGACAGCCUGAUGGGGGAUGAGUCUGAGCCGCCGCCCAUUCCCCUGCGGACGGACACUCCUCAGUCACCUCAGAUCCCGCAUCAGUCCCCGUCGCCCCCAGAUUACAGCCCCACUGAGCUCGGAGGAGACCUUGGAGGAAGUUCGGCCAUGGGGGCUGGUUUCGGUGCUCCUCCAGCUGCGCCGGCAGCCUCAUUCAGCGCUCCUGUUAGCGGCGGACUGGACGACCUGUUUGAUCUUGGAGGUGGCGUCGGUAUGCCCAUGGGCGCCUACAGCCCACCAAAAACAGUUUGGCUCCCAGCCAUGAAGGGGAAGGGGCUUGAAAUAUCUGGCACUUUUGCCCGCCGUGCCGGUGUCAUCCAGAUGGAGAUGACUCUCACUAAUAAAGCAAUGAGUGUCAUGACUGACUUUGCCAUCCAGUUUAACAGGAACAGCUUUGGUCUCGCUCCAGCUGGUCCUCUCCAGGUUCUGACCCCCCUCAGCCCCAACCAGAGCAUCGAAGUGACCCUUCCACUCAAUACGGUUGGACCUGUUAUGAAGAUGGAUCCGCUCAACAACCUGCAGGUGGCUGUUAAGAACAACAUCGACGUGUUUUACUUCAGCUGCCAGUACCCCAUCAGCAUGCUGUUUGUGGAAGACGGGAAGAUGGAGAGACAAGUUUUCCUCGCCACAUGGAAAGACAUUUCUAAUGACAACGAGGCCCAGUUUCAGAUCAAAGACUGCCAUCUCAGCUCGGAUGCAGCCUCCAACAAACUUCAGGGUAGCAACAUCUUCACGAUCGCUAAGCGCACCGUGGACGGCCAGGACAUGCUGUACCAGUCCACCAAGCUCAGCAACGGCAUCUGGGUUCUGGCUGAGCUCCGGGUGCAGACAGGAAACCCGACUUUCACAGUGUGUCUGAAGUGCAGAGCUCCGGAGGUUUCUCAGUGCGUCUUCCAGAGCUACGAGGCCGUGCUGAAGAACUGAGCCGACAUCUGACCUUCCGCUGCGCUGCAUCGACCUCCUGGCACCUUCUUCUGCCCUUUCUCAGCGACGCGUCGACCAGGCCGCAGCCUGGCGCAGCGCAGAAACGCCGUCCUGCAGUCGUACUGUCCUUUCAGUAGACGGCCUCGCCGUCGGUUGUAACCUAUUAGAGCAGCACUUUUAGUUCCCGAAAAGACAGCGGCGAUUUCAGGCUUUCCACCUUUUAAUUAUGUUUAGUUCAGGAUUUUCGCCUUGAGCUAAAUCAUUCGAACA